AUGGUUCGAAAAAAGCUGGACAACAGACUUCGUGUCUUAAUUGAGAAUGGUGUUGUUCUGGGCCAUCGUUCAAUGUUUGUAGUGGUUGGCGAGAAGGCUCGUGAUCAGGUUGUACUUCUACAUCACAUUUUAUCAAAGGCUACGGUUUCCUCACGACCUUCGGUGUUAUGGUGUUAUAAGAAAGAGUUGGGAUUUAGUUCCCAUAGGAAGAAAAGGAUUAGAGAAAUCCAAAAAAAGGCUAAACAUGGAAAUGUUGAAUUGAAGGUUAGUUCAAGUUCUUUUUUCAUUGCUUAAAUUUCUAGGAAGAUGAUCUCUUUGAGAAUUUUAUUUCUUCUACUGAUAUAAGAUAUUGUUAUUACAACGAAACAGAUCGAAUUUUGGGUAAUACUUAUGGAAUGUUGGUAUUACAAGAUUUUGAGGCUAUUACUCCAAAUCUGCUUGCCAGAACUGUUGAAACUGUGAAAGGUGGCGGUUUAGUUUUGAUUCUUUUACCAGCCAUCUCCAACCUGAAACAACUUUAUUCGAUAACUAUGGUAUGUUUAUUUUUAUUUAAACUUUACUUUCUUAGGAUGUGCACAGUCGAUAUCGAACUCAUUCCCACCAGCAAAUAGUCAAUAGAUUUAACGAAAGGUUUCUUCUUUCGCUAUCCGAUUGUGCCGAUUGUGCAGUUAUCGACGAUCAACUUAACAUUUUGCCGAUUUCAUCGCACAUCCUCAACCUGGAGCCAGUUCCGCCGACUUUAAAGAUGGAGAAGUCAGAGACAGAAUUGGAAUUAGAAGAUUUAAAGACGAAAAUGAGCGAUGUUAAGCCGUUGGGAACCAUUCUCAAGGAGUGCAAAACACUCUGCCAGGCGAAGGUAGGCAUACGUUUCUGUACGAAAAAAAACGUCGUGAAAUAAUCUACGUGUAAUGCAAUAUGGUAAAACUUUUUAGGUAGUUCUUCGUUUGCUUGACAUUCUGACAGAGAGGACUUCCGCGAUUUGUGCGAUUACAGCAGCUCGAGGGCGUGGUAAAUCUGCAGCCCUUGGUUUAGCUAUUGCCGGGGGUAUUUCUUUCGGAUUGUCUAAUAUAUACGUCACAAGUCCAACUCCAGAUAACGUUAAAACGCUUUUUCAAUUUGUGAUAGAAGGUUUUAAAGCUCUAAACCUAAAGGAACACGUCGAUUAUACCAUCAAUUACUCAAAGGAAGAACAUCAGAAGGGAUUAAUUAUGGGCUUUGAGAUGUUUAAACGCCAUAAACAGACCAUCAAGGUGAGAAGAAACGAAGGAACGUCAUGUUUAUUUGAGGUUUCAGUAUCUUGUUCCGACUGAAAAUAAUGUUCUAACCCAAGGAGAACUUCUAGUAAUUGAUGAAGCGGCCGCCAUUCCAUUGCCAAUUGUCCAAAACUUAACCAAAGGUACCUAUUUUUCUUUCUGUUUAUUGUGUUUAGGGAACAACAUCGUUUUCUUUUCGUCCACCACACAUGGAUAUGAGGGAACUGGUCGAUCGCUUUCGUUGAAGCUGAUCCAACAGUUAAGGAAGAGGUCGACAACGAGUUCUGAGGGUAAAGAUGGGCGUAUUGGAAGGUUACUGCAUGAAAUGACAUUGGAAGAAAGCAUUCGAUACAAGCCGGGGGAUAAGAUUGAGAAGUGGUUGUUUAAAUUUCUAUGUCUCGACUCUAUGAACACCACAUAUAAGAUAUCAGGUUCUCCCCCGCCUGAAGUUUGUCAGUUGUAAGUUUAUAAUUUGUUAAUAAGCCUUUUUUAAAGGUAUCACGUAAAUCUCGAUGCCCUGUUCUCGUAUCACAAAGCUGCCGAACUGUUUCUGUCCAAGGUGAUGUCAAUAUUUGUCUCUGCCCAUUACAAAAACAAUCCUAACGAUUUACAAAUGUUAUCUGAUGCCCCUGCCCAGCUCUUGUUUGUUUUAAUGAGUCCAGUUUCUAAUGAAAUAACGGAUAUCCCUGAUGUAAGUUUUUUUCGCCUUAUCUUUAUUUUGUAUUUAGAUCUUAGCUGUUGCCCAAAUUGUACUGGAAGGUGAGAUUCCCGAUCAACAAAUUCGUAGUGAACAAUCGAAGGGGAGACGGGCGGCUGGAGACUUGAUACCUUGGACGUUAUGCCAAUAUUAUCUAGUACGUUUAUUUUUCGAUUUUUUUGUUGGGGAGGUUUUUGACCACAGAUAAACCUGCGAGAAAAAUUUACCGAAAAAUUGCAUUGGUUCUCUUGACCCUUUUCAUUUUUUCUCCGGCCUCUUUCUGGGGGGCCCUUCCUAUACUGGUCUACAAAAUUUUCUUUCCACGUAUCUCGGGAACCGCCGGGCCUCCAAAUUCGGCAUAGAAACAUCCCGGGACAAUCUAACACCAUACCCAAAAAAUCAUAUCAUCUGAUGCACUUUCCAUACACUUUAUGCAAAAGGCAAGAAAACCGGAUGACAAAAUUUGCUUUCCGCAUUGGAAAACGUUUGUAACUAAUAAGUCAGAGGGCGGCGCUAACAAGGGAAGUCACUUAAAUCACGGAUCGAUUUUGAAAAACGACUGAUACAGCGAUGGGGAGGGUAGGACGGGGAUAUCAAAUCUGAAAACCGCUACCUCCACCGGCCUCUGGGAGCCGAGAUAAUCGACCAAAAAGUUUGACCAAAUUCCUCCGAACAUUUCUUCCUUCCGAAAGAAGAAAACUCAGCGAACCGAAUGGUCGGGUGGUCUGGAAGCGCGCUUCCGGGCCUUCACCUUUUCAGGUUCGAAUCCGCGCAGUUCUCGAACUUGUGAAAAAUUUAUAAAACAGUUGCUAUAAUCCUGUAAAUUUACUGGCAAUUUAUUUUUUGAUUUUAUGCCUAUUUUACGGUAAAUUUUCAUCCUUGAAAAUUCAAAUCGGAACUCGCAUUCAAAUUAUUACUCUGAAAUUUUAGCGUAAAAUAUGCAAAAAAUCAAAAAAUUUUAUCCUGCCGGUAAAUUUACUGGAUUACAGGAAAAGUUUAAAAAAUUAUUUGACCCAUGCGGAUUCGAACCUGAAAAGGUCAAGGGCCGGAAGCGCGCUUCCAGACCACCGGACCAUCCGGUUCUCUUCUCUGCUUCUUUCGGAAGAGAUUCGGAGCAACUUUUUUUGGUCAAACUUUUUUGGUCGAUUAUCUCGGCUUCCAGAGGCCGGUGGAGGUAGCGGUUUUCAGAUUUGAUAUCUCCGUCCUACCCUCCCCAUCGCUGUAACAGUCGUUUUACAAAAUCGAUCCGUGACUUAAGUGACUUCCCUUGUAAGGCAUGAUUGUGGUAUCGUUGUGAUGGAAAGAAAAUUUUGUCGACCAGUAUAAGAAAAAUCAAGAAAUUCCAUAAAUCCUAAGUAAUAGUACAACUAACUGGUUGCAUACAUUGACUUCACCGGACCUCGUUGGUCUCCGGAUGCUCAUUGGCCCGGCCACGAUUUCAUCUCGUCUGUUUUAUAGGAUUAUUCCUUUCCCAAGUUGGCUGGUGCCCGGAUAAUUCGUUUGGCUGUUCAUUCCGAAGUUCAGGGUAUGGGUUACGGCGGAAGAGUUGUGGAAUUGCUUCAGGAUUACUUUGAAGGAAACGUUGUGUGUGUUAAUGAGAAGAGUGAAGACGAGUUUAAAAUCCGCAACAUAAAGGUAGAGUUGAACUCCUUUAGACGUUGUGUUUGUAGGAUGAUUUGGAGUCAGAUUCUGAUCUGAAGCCGCCAACUGAACUUCCUCCGCUUCUGAGAAAGCUUACUGAACGGAGAGCGGAGAAAUUGGAUUAUUUGGGCGUGUCUUAUGGACUGAACGUGCAGCUCUUAAAGUUCUGGAAGAAAGGAGGAUUUGUCCCUGUCUACUUGAGGACCACUCCUAGUCCUGUUACUGGAGAAUAUAGCUGCAUUAUGUUGAAACCUUUGGCUACUGAAGGGAAUAAUGAAAUUCAAAAAAAGAAUGACUGGGUCUACACUUAUAAUGCAGAAUUUAGAAGAAGAUUCCUUUCUCUUCUCGGCUUUCAGUUCCGAAACUUCUCUCCUCAUCUUGUUUUGAGCCUUCUUCAGAAGACAAACGAUGUGAUUCCGAUUGGGAAAGGUAGGUUUAUGGAUUAAACUCGCGACUAUGGCCCAUCGUUGUAAAAGAUUAGUUAAUUCAAGAGGUAGAACCGCAACUCGCAGACUUUGUAGCAUGUGGAUCUAAUAGAGAGUUGAACUGUUAACCAGAAGAGUGGGUUCACCGAAAACCCUAGCCAAAGAGGAUUGGCCUUUUCCGAGCCGUUUGCAUCAUUUUUUUACUAAUCCAAUAUUAGCCGUUAGUGGUUUUUUACAACACUGAUUUGGGUAGCGACUAUUUCCAGGGGUGGUCCGGUUAUUUGAAAAAAAAUUAUUUGAAAUAAUCGCAAUGCGAGGAUGUGACUGUCUUUAGAAAAAUUAUUCGAUCAUAAUUUAUGUUUUAGAAUGCUAAUACAUCGAUAAAACGGAUAAUCGAAGCCAAAAAAAUUAUUCUUUUGCGAAUUUUACCGUGAUAAAAAUACCAAAGCCUAGUUGGUUUCCUAACCUGUUCCAAACGUUUGUCCCGCCUAUUUUAAAAAAUUUUUGUUUUUACUUGCACGAGCUUUCUGAUUUCUACGGCUAUGUAUCGGUUUAGGGUGUUAAUAGAUUGCUCUUCCACCAUAAAAGAAGUGAAAUUCCGAUCUCAAGCCGCAAAGAAAAUCUAGCCUGUUCCAAAGUUUAGCCCCGGGUCCAAGUUCCGAAUAGUGUCUCUUCUCCAAAACGAGGUAUGCCAUUGGCGGGGGAAAAUCGGAUAAACGGGUCGGUUUUGCCACCCUGAUCAUAGCACUGAAACUAGCCAAUCAUUUAACUUGGUCUAUUCUAAUCGCAUAAUUCGAUUUUUUUAUUUCUUUAGUUCUGAAACGUGAUGAAGUCCCGCUAUUUCUUACCGAUUCUGAUCUCAAGAGGCUGUCGAAUUACACAAGAAAUAUGGCCGACUAUUCAUUUAUUGCCGAUCUUCUCCCCAAUAUGGCCCAUCUGUACUUCUCUGAUUCCAUGGAUGGAGUAAGUGAGAUAUAAAAGUUAAUUAGGAAAAUGUACAAACUGGCGACAUACGUCAUUGAAGAGUCAUUAAAGAAAGGUGCAAGACACCAUUUCCAUUUUUUUGCAGAAUACCUUUCCGCCACGACGUACUGUAAUUUACAGUAUUUAUAGGCCGUUUCGCAAAAAAAUUCUUUCUCUCUCUUGGAAGAAAAAAUUCGUUUACUAGGGGUUGCUUCAAUGGUGCAGUGGUUGCUGUGCAGGUUGUGAAAAAAGCUCAAGCGAGUUCAGUGCCCGAGUAUGGAAAACUGUUUUGAAUUUUUUGAGUUAGAAACAUAUUUGCGUUAAGCUUUUCGAAGUUUUUUAAUUUUGUUAGAAGACGACCCACUGCAGUUAAAACCUUCAAAUUUACACGUUUUUUCGGAUAAAAACAAUGAAAAUGUUCUUUUCAUUGGAUGAGUACACGAAAACUGGAAAUAUAAUUAAACAAGAUGGUUUUGUUUAACUACUUAAGGCACAAACGAACCGUUUAUAAUUUUUGCCCUGAGGAAUUCUGCAAAAAAUGAAAGUGGUUUCUAGUACUACUUUUCAAGCGCUUUCUAACGGUGUAUAAUACUUGUCAUUUGGUGAGGGUAAGUUUGUCCAUUUCCCUCGUACAGUGAGGGACCUGAUCCAAUGGCAUAAAACGUCUCCUUUUGCAUCCCGGAAGGGAUCAAAAUGACUCCAAACCAUUCCCUUCUCUAAGCUAAAAAAACUCCGCUUUGAAAAGCGCGCCCCUUACUUCAAGGCGGGCUCUUCAAAGCGGGGGUUUUUAGUUUAGAGAAGGGAAGGGUUUGGAGACAUUUUGGUCCCUUACGGGAUGCAAAAUGAGACGUUUUUUGCCAUUGGAUCCGGUCCCUCACUGUAAGUUAUCGAAUUGCAGCUAUUUUUUGUCGCCCGCAAAAAGACUUCUCACUGUCCGCAAAUGAGAGUCUUGUUGUGUAAAACUCAAUGUUUAGCAGCAAAUUUGAUGUAAAAGUUUGAGACAUUACUCCUAGACGUCUAGUAGUGUGUUUUUUUCUUACUUCCGAGUAAUUCACGCAAUAGGAAGGCACUCUGGGUAGAGAAUCUAAUGAUAUUGUACGCCAUAUCGGUGAUUAUUAAAGCAAAAAUAUUUACAUCUUUUAUACUGUUUUUCUAAUAUACUAGAAGAGUGCUUGUUAAUUUAAACACCAAUUGGGGUUUUUAUUGGACACCUUUCAGCAACCUUUUUUAUUUGCGGGCAGCAAAAAGUUUCUUUGUGGACACUGAAAAGCGUCGUUUCACAUUUUUAGGUUGAGCUAAACGCGCUGCAAUCAGCUUCACUGUUGUCGAUGGGUUUACAAAGAAAGUCGGCGGAAGAGGUAGCUGGAGAGUUGAACAUCGAAGUGGGUCAGUUAAUGGCACUGUUCAACAAAGUUGCUCGGAAAAUAUCCGAUUAUUUCGACAAUCUUUGCAAGAGUGCAAUUGAAGGAAAUAAUAGAGUUACUGAGGUCACUAUGAAGCCAACGGAAAGGUCUCUAAUCGAAGACUUGAAGAAUGCCGAAAUGGAGAUACGAAUGCGGCAGGCAAAGGACAAGUUGGACCUGUCUCAAUCCCUCGGAUUUUCAUCCGGAUCGAUCCCAUCAGCCUUAAAGCAAUUUGAGAUAAAAGCAGGCGACGAUGAAUUCCAGAAGACCGUCGGGAACGUGCAUCUCAGUCACGCUAGACAUGGCGGGAUUAUCUCGGUCAAGACGAAUAAAGGGUAAGUUUCAUACGAAUUAUAUUUCUGUUAUUUAAGUGAUGUUGUUCACAAAUCCUUAAUUGAUCGUGAAUUGGAGGAGAUUGAAGGGAAGAAACAAAAUAAACGGCCAAUGAGGGAAAACAAGAGGAAAACGGUCAAAAAGUUUAAAAGAAAUUAA